GAAAGCAAUUCUAUCAUGAAAAGAAUUAUCCUGUUACAAAGGGAAAGAUGUGAAAAGUAUGGAUUGGGGAUUGUUCUUUAAUCUCCUUCCUUGAUCCCAAUUUUUACCAUUUUUAAACCUUUAUCUCACUUGUUUGCAGUGCUCUCCAUUACUGCUCCCAUCUCUUUCUCUCUCUAAGCACCACCAGAGAGCGACAGGGGCGGAUGCCAUGGCUGAGGAGCAAGUGGGCGUGGUAGGUCAAGGCAGGCCCUUAGGUGAGGGCAUUCCUUCUCCUUCUCACGGCGAGUUCCUUCUGCAAUUGCUCCAGAAACGCCAUGACAGCUCCAACAACCAGAGCUCUUCGUCUUCUUCUUCACAAGACCCACAACACCCUUUUGGAUAUGGCCAGUUAGAUGACCCUGCAGUGGCUGCCCUUGGCCCUAGCCUUCCCCUCCCGCACCACUCCUUUCAUUUGAGGCCCCAGAUUCACCAUUCUGGGGCGGGGCAGAACUGGUCUUUGGAGAGCCCGUGGGCUGUGUCUUUCCCCGGGCAGCGGCAGGGGGCUGGUCCUCCCUUGCAGGAUGGCCUGUUGAGAGUGCCUCUGCCCCAUAGCAGUUCUUUGCGGGGUGAUUUUGGCCCUGUGAAGAUGGAGAAAGAGGGGACUUUUGGCUGGGAUUCUGCGGGUCUCAGGAUGGAGGGCGGUUUGCCUUUGCAGUUUGGUUCCAUAGGGUGUGAAUUGCAGCUCCAAGGGAAUGCUGGUGUGAGGGUACAGGAGGUGAAUUCUGAGAGACGUAAAGAGCCAUUGUUACAAUCUCUUGUCCACGGAAUCAGCAAUGUUAACAUUCAUGGGCACGUGGGGAGAGAUGAUGGCGCACGCGGCAUGAGUGGAGCAAACAGUGGGAGUCAGCAUCAGAGAAGGGGGAAUUACAGUGGUUCUAAUGCUGCUGCUGAUGGUAGCGCUAAGGAAUGUAGCAGGCCACCAGGUUUUUCUAGAAGACCUGGAAACAACGGGAAGGAGCACGGACGACGGGUUGUAGUGAAUGAGAAGCGGGAUGGAGAUAACGGAGAAGCUUCAGACGAUCCCAACUUUCACAAACAGCUUCAUGCAAGGGAUCAAAUUGUUUCAGGAAGCACUGGUUUGUCAUAUAGGGGUGUUCAACAGGGAGGUGUCCUGAGGCAUCGAGUGGACAGAAUGGACCACUCUGAUCAUUAUUGUCAGCAAAACGGUGAUAGCUUUUCCCCCACAUUGCCACUUUCUGUUCAGCUUGACCAUCCUGGCCCUCCAGUGGGAAGCAACGUGCAAUCUGUCCAAGGGUCGAAUAUCGAUCAAUCUCUCAACAACCUACCUGGCUCGUUUCCAGGAGAAAGGCCAAGGGGACAGCGGAGUAGCAAUGGUGUUGUUAAUGGAGCAGCUUUUAGUGAACCCAAUCAUAGAAGAGAAGGGCACAGAGGCAAUGAUAAGUUGGUAGAGGGAUUGAAUGGCAUGGUGGUACCUCGAGAUGGCGUCCUUACAAACAAUGCAGGUGAUGAUCCAGGUGGUUCUGGUGGUAAGGACCUUAUUAGAGAAUUUUCUGGGCGGGACUUCAAAACUGAUUCCUGGCAAGGACCGAGACCCCAUUACCACCGUAUGAAAAAUUAUAAAAUGGAGUUUGAAUACCGCACGGACUUGUACAAACAUACCUCCCAUUUUCUUGCUAUUUAUGAAUCUCUAAUACCGGCUGAAGAAGAAAAGGCAAAGCAGAGACAACUGCUGGCCUCCAUGGAGAAGUUGGUCAACAAAGAGUGGCCUGAUGCUCGGUUAUUGUUGUACGGAUCCUGUGCCAAUUCAUUUGGUGUUUGUAAGAGUGAUAUAGAUGUUUGCCUGUCCAUUAAGGAGAACUGCCUGAGCAAGUCUGAUAUUUUGUUGAGGUUGGCGGAUAUCUUACAGUCUGAUAAUCUGCAAAAUGUCCAGGCUCUUACUCAUGCUCGUGUCCCAAUUGUAAAGCUGAUGGACCCAGGGACUGGAAUCUCAUGUGAUAUCUGCAUAAAUAAUGUCUUAGCGGUUGUUAAUACAAAACUACUUCAUGAUUAUGCGCAAAUAGAUGUCAGAUUGCGACAAUUGGCUUUUAUUGUGAAACAUUGGGCAAAGUCUCGGCAAGUUAAUGAAACUUAUCGAGGCACGCUUUCUAGUUAUGCAUAUGUGCUUAUGUGCAUUCACUUCUUACAACAGCGUAGACCUCCCAUUCUUCCUUGCUUGCAGGAAAUGGUGCCAACUUAUGUAGAAACUAUAGAGGACAUUAAAUGUGCUUUCUAUGACAAGGUGGAGAAUCUUAAGUAUUAUGGUGCAGCGAAUAAAGAAACAGUCAGUCAGUUAAUAUGUGCUUUCUUUGAUUAUUGGGCAUAUCAUCAUGAUUAUGCAAAUUCUGUCAUAUCUGUUCGCACUGGAAGUAUAAUCAGCAAACGUGUGAAGGAGUGGACAAGAAGGAUUGGGAAGGAUCGCCACUUGAUUUGUAUCGAGGAUCCCUUUGAUAUCUCCCAUGAUCUGGGUCGCAUUGUAGAUAGACACAGCAUAAACGUCCUUAGGGAUGAGUUCCGACGAGCAGCAGACAUACUGCGCUAUGAUCCUAAUCCUAGUGUCACACUCUUUGAGCCAUACUUGCGUGAGCAGCCAGAAAAACCCCCAUAGUUAACUUAGAAUGGAUUUUCAUGUAUAUUAAUGGGUCCUUGUACAAUUCUCCCCUGCCUUGCCUCGUUUUAUUGUUGUUUAUAGCUCAGGUUAAUGCCCUUUCAUGGAAAGAAAAAUGAUGGUUUGCGUCAGUUGGUUUGACCUUUCUUCCUUAUCCAGGUAUUUUUUUCUAUGUUUAUAUUCUCUGUUGCCACUUGCUUUGUUCAUGUGAGGAGGAUGGCUGCACGAGUGCACCAUCAUUUUGGAGUCAAAGUUCAAUGAUGGAAUCCCAUGCUUGCAUUUUCUUUC